CUGCAGAGUCCUGUCCUCCCUGUGAUGGAGGGAGAUGACGUCACUCUGAGCUGCAGAGCAAAGAGUCCAGCCCACAACCUCCCAGCUGCUUUCUAUAAAGAUGGCUCCUUCAUUGGUGAUGAAACUACUGGGAACCUGACCCUAAACCCAGUGAAGAGAUCUGAUGAAGGCCUCUACCACUGUAACAUCAGCGGUCAGGGAGAGUCUCCAUCCAGCAGGAUCUCUGUGGAAGGGAGAAUCACCUCCACUCCUCUUUCAUCCUCCACUCCUCUUCCUCUCUCCAUGGUCAUCUCUCUCUCCUCUGUUGCUUUUCUGGUUUUCUUUGUCUUGUUGGUGGCCCUGCUGACUCGGCGCCUCUGCAGGAAGCCAGCAGACUCAGCAGCUGCAGAAGUUACUGAAGCUCCAGACGGAUCAGCUUCAUCUGCUGCUGAAAGAGACUCAGCAGCUGUUUAUUCAUCGACACGGAGAAAAACACCAGAAGCAGCAGAUCCAGAUCCAGGAGCCGUUUACUCAUCGGUGAAGAGAGAGAGAGGCGUGACGUACGCGACGGUCAGCAUCAGGACCAGGAGAGAACCAGCAGCGGAACCAGACCAACACGUCGUUUACUCCCUGCUGAAGUGGAGAGCGACCCAACCGGAUCCGGCCGACCCGUCCAAAUGCUGACCUGACCUCUGACCUCUGACCAAACCCAGAGCCCGACCAGAACCAGCUGGUUCUGUUCAUCUGGGUUCUGUCCUGCUGACUCGUCGUUUAAAUUCAUUAAAAUCUCAAAAGACGUUAAUAUUUAUAUUUAUACAUAGAAAAUAAAUUAUAAAAGCUGCAGA